CGGCGUCACCGUCACUGAGGCCAGUGUGUGUUGGGGGCACCAGGCCUGCACCCCAGCCUCCUCGAAGCCGCGUGAUGGGCCUGCCGGCACCCCAGGGUGCGGUGGACUCUUAAUCCCUUCAGCGGUCCCGUAAGGAGCUCGGGUUUCAGUGGUCUUCAUCUAAAUGCAUUACGGGGAAGUCUGCUUUUACGUUUGGUAGCUUGUGAAUCUGAGUAAACUUGGGGGGACUGUAUGUAAAGAAGCGCCUUAGGUCCGCCGCGCUGCAAUGAGUCGUUGGAAAGUGGUUCUGACGUUCUGUGGAUCCAUCGCUAGUGCGUGGUCGUGUCUCUCACAGAUGUCAGUGUGUCGGCCCAGCGCUUCCCAAGGAGGAGCUGUGCGCAAAGCGGUACUGUAACUAGAUCACCAGUUUGAUCCAGAAGGUACAAUGUCUCGCGUGCGACAGCCUCCUCUCGUGACAGGCAUCUCUCCCAAUGAAGGAAUACCAUGGACGAAGGUCACAAUCAGAGGAGAGAACCUGGGCACGGGUCCCACGGACCUGAUAGGCCUGACGAUUUGUGGACACAACUGCCUCCUGACGGCCGAGUGGAUGUCUGCGAGUAAAAUAGUGUGUCGCGUGGGACAAGCCAAGAACGACAAAGGGGACAUUAUUGUGACAACUAAAUCGGGUGGCAAAGGAACCUCAACAGUGUCGUUCAAGCUGCUGAAACCUGAAAAAAUAGGCAUCUUGGACCAGUCUGCUGUGUGGGUGGAUGAAAUGAAUUACUACGACAUGCGCACUGACAGGAAUAAAGGCAUUCCUCCCUUAUCCCUCCGUCCUGCUAAUCCACUUGGCAUUGACAUUGAAAAGAGUAAAUUUCCACAGAAAGACCUGGAAAUGCUGUUCCAUGGAAUGAGUGCCGAUUUCACAAGUGAGAAUUUUUCCGCUGCCUGGUAUCUCAUCGAGAACCACUCAACCACCAGUUUUGAGCAGCUCAAGAUGGCAGUGGCCAACCUCAAGCGGCAGGCCAGCAAGAAGAGCGAGGGCAGCCUGGCCUGCGUGAAGGGCGGGCUCAGCACCUUCUUUGAGGCGCAGGACGCCCUCUCAGCCAUCCAUCAAAAACUAGAAGCGGAUGGAACGGAAAAAGUUGGAGGAUCCAUGACGCAGAAACUGGAGAGUGUUCUGAAUAGGGCGAGCAACACCGCGGACACGUUGUUUCAGGAAGUCUUAGGCCGAAAGGACAAGGCAGAUUCCACCAGAAACGCCCUCAAUGUGCUCCAGCGAUUUAAGUUCCUCUUCAACCUGCCUCUAAAUAUUGAAAGGAAUAUUCAGAAGGGUGAUUAUGAUGUGGUGAUUAACGACUACGAAAAGGCCAAGUCUCUCUUUGGGAAAACGGAGGUGCAAGUUUUCAAGAAAUACUAUGCUCAAGUGGAAACGCGAAUCGAGGCUCUGAGAGAGUUGCUGCUGGCUAAGUUGCUGGAGACACCGUCAACUUUGCAUGACCAGAAACGCUACAUAAGGUACCUGUCCGACCUCCACGCGCCCGGGGACCCAGCCUGGCAGUGCAUCGGCGCGCAGCACAGGUGGAUCCUUCAGCUCAUGCACAGCUGCAAGGAGGGCUACGUGAAAGACCUGAAAGGGAAUCCAGGCCUGCACAGCCCCAUGCUGGAUGCAGAGAGCGACGGGCGCCCCUCGGCGCUGGCCCAUCUCACGCAGACGGCGUCGCUCAAGAGAGGAAGCAGCUUUCAGUCCGGACGCGACGACACGUGGAGAUACAGAACUCCCCACAGGGUGGCAUUUGUCGAGAAGCUGACCAAGCUUGUUCUAAGCCAGCUGCCUAACUUCUGGAAGCUCUGGAUUUCCUAUGUCAAUGGAAGCCUCUUCAGUGAGACUGCUGAGAAAUCGGGCCAGAUUGAGCGAUCCAAGAACGUAAGGCAAAGGCAAAGCGACUUUAAGAAGAUGAUCCAGGAGGUGAUGCACUCGCUGGUGAAGCUGAUCCGCGGGGCGCUGCUCCCGCUCAGCAUCCGAGAGGGGGAGGCCCGGCAGUACGGAGGCUGGGACGUGAAGGCGGAGCUCUCGGGCCAGUGGCUUGCUCACGUCAUCCAGACCGUGAGGCUGACUUACGAGUCCUUGACCGCCCUGGAAAUUCCCAACGACAUGCUGCAGAUCAUCCAGGACGUCAUCCUGGACCUCCGCGUCCGUUGUGUGACAGUCACGCUGCAGCACACGGCACAAGAAGUGAAGAGACUGGCCGAGAAGGAGGACUGGAUCGUUGAUAAUGAAGGCCUGACUUCUCUCCCGUGUCAGUUCGAGCAGUGCAUCGCGCACUCCCUACAGUCCCUGAACGACGUCCUGGAGUGCAAGCCUGGAGAAGCCAGCGUCUUUCAGCAGCCGAAAACUCAGGAGGAGGUUUGCCAGCUGAGCAUCAAUAUCAUGCAGGUUUUUAUAUACUGUCUGGAACAGUUGAGCACCAAGCCUGAUGCAGAUAUAGAUACUACACAUCUUUCUGUUGAUGUUUCAUCCCCUGAUUUGUUUGGAAGUAUCCAUGAAGAUUUCAGUUUGACUUCGGAGCAGCGACUUUUGAUAGUCCUGAGCAACUGCUGCUAUCUGGAACGCCGCACCUUCCUAAACAUAGCGGAGCGUUUUGAGAAGCACGACUUCCAGGGAGUGGAGAAAAUCACCCAGGUUAGCAUGGCCUUGUUAAAAGAACUAGACCAGAGACUCUUUGAAAAUUACAUUGAGCUGAAAGCGGACCCCAUCGUGGGCUCCUUGGAGCCUGGCAUCUACGCAGGCUACUUUGACUGGAAGGACUGCCUGCCUCCCACCGGUGUCAGGAACUAUUUGAAAGAAGCGCUGGUGAACAUAAUUGCUGUGCAUGCCGAGGUUUUCGCCAUUUCCAAAGAGCUGGUGCCCCGCGUGCUGUCCCGGGUGGUGGAGGCUGUGUCCGAGGAGCUGAGUCGGCUGAUGCAGUGCGUCUCCUCGUUCAGCAAGAACGGAGCUUUGCAGGCAAGACUCGAAAUCUGCGCUUUGCGGGAUACCGUGGCCAUCUACCUGACGUCCGAAAGCAGGUCCAGUUUCAAACAAGCCCUGGAAGCCCUGCCUCAGCUUUCGAGCGGAGCGGAUAAGAAGUUCCUGGAGGAGCUGCUGAACAAGUUCAAGAGCAGCAUGCACCUGCAGCUCACCUGCUUCCAAGCUGCUUCCGCGGCCACGGUGAAAACAUAAGCCCUGCGAGGGAAGAGCCGCGCAGAGACGCCGGGUAACAAAGCCAUCGCCCUCCUGAGCGCGCGGAAGCACGGGCUGCAGUCCCCCCCGCCCCCCACCCCCGCCCUCCCUGCCUCUCUCUCUCUCUCUCUCCUGUCCCCCAGCCUAGCUCAGGUUGGCCUGGUGUGGCCGAUGUGGGAGCAGCACCUCCUUUGGGAGGCUUCCAAGAGGCCGGAGGUGGGCACUGCAGCCUUCCCCAGUGGCCCGCCUACUAGACUUUGGGCCUGAGCUGCCUGCCAGUCCCAUGGAGAGACCGGUGAGGAGACACGUGGAAAGUGCUAUUUACACACGGCACGCAUAGCUGCACCGAAAUCUUACUUCCCACCAGUGGCCCUGCAUCCCUGCAUUCAAGUGUCCGGUGUUGUUGUUUGGCUUUUAUUUUAACAGAUUCAUUUAGUUAUUUGAAAGGCGGAGUUACAGAGAGAGAGGGAGGGCCGAGAGACCUUCCACCUGCUGGCUCACCCCCCAGAUGGCUGUGACUGCCUGGAGCCUGGAACUCCGUCGGGGUCUCCCACGUGGGUGGCAGGGGUGGUCGAAGCACUUGGCCCAUGCUUUCCUAGGAGCGUUAGGGAGCUGGAUUGGAAGUGGGAGCAGCCAGGACUCGAACCCACACUCAUGGGACGCCAGUGUUGCAGGUGCGGCUUAACCUGCUGUGCCACAGCGCUGGCCCCAGAGCGGGUUUUUAGGAUAAUCUGUGGAAUCCAUUUACAAAUGUUUUCACUGGGGAGAUUUUUGGUCCAGUUGCCCAUGGACUCACUUCGCGUUUUGCUAAUUUUACGCUUCACAGCGCUAAGCUUUCCGCACCUCGUCCGCGGCCCGGGCUGCUCGCCCUCCCUCUCAAAUGUGUCCGCUCACACGAGGGUGCUGCUGGUCUGAGGACCUGAGUGCCGCCUGCCACGCAGUGCUGCCGGCUGCUGCGUCACACCCAGGCACCAGCGUCCCCUGCAGAACCAGCCGCCUCCCGCUGCUGCCUCCCGCCACCGCCCGCCGCGCGCCCCUGCCCCCGCUCCCUCCGAAGCCGCGUGGCUGCAGCCCGGGCCUGCUCAGGCCCAUCCAUCUCUGAUGAUGCCAGAGGCCCUGGACCACCAGGCGGUGUCCACUGUUGCUGGGUUCCAGGCCGGGGUCCGGUCACUGCGACUUCUCCCAGGGCGGGGUCCCCGACCUGCCCCUCCCAGGCUCCCUGUGGGCGCCGGCACACUAACUGAUGGUGGUUAGAGAAGCCCCGUCCUUAUAUGAACGGUGUACUGGAAAUCCGUAUUUCCUCCAAGUGGCCGUAAGUCUCCUAAUUCAAAUGCCUUUGUUAAUUGCAGCAAUUAAAAAGUCAAAGUUAAUUUCAGUCAUUAGAAAUCCUGGUAACUUUGGAGCUUGGUAUAGUCACAUACAGUGUCUGUUUUUUGAAGUAAAUUAAUGUUGUGCCUGCUCAUUCCAUAUACGGGGUAAAAAGGCGAUGUCUUUUACAGGUGUGCUGGAUAAAGCUGUUGAGAAGUCGAGUGUUGCCCAUUGUGUCUAACCUGACCGUAGACUAAAUGAACAAAACUGCUCCUGACGGCGGGUGUAAUCUUAGGUGUCAGGGGCAGUGCCUUCAGCCAAUAAAGAGUCUGCGUUCACUGUAAAUCCCAAGUUCCUUGGCAUUUUUUCCCGUAACUGACAUUUUCGUUGGCUGUGUAACUUUUCUAUGAGUCUGGCUUCAACAUUCAAAAUAAACACUUAAGUCAGUUA